AUGUCCGGGGUGUGGAUAUUUGACAAAAACGGCGUCGCUCGGCUGAUCACGAACCCAACGAGGGAGUCUUUCGAGCAAAAAGAGCCGCCCUAUCCCGGCACAGCCACUGCACCGGGGGCUCGACCACGGGUCUUGGUCUACCUCCCAGCCAACCAGGUCAUUCGCUCCUACUCAGAACUCGAGCAGCGACUCACUGAACUCGGCUGGACUCGCUACCCCAACUCGCUCCGGCCCGACCUCUUGCAGUUCCACCGGUCUGAGAGCUCAGCCGACCUCAUCUCGCUCCCCACAAACUUUGCCAACUUCAAAUCCCUCCAUAUGUAUGACAUUGUUGUCAAGAAUCGUUCCUUCUUUGAAGUUCGUGACCCUGCUGCCCUAUAA